GCCAGAAGGAUCAUGUAAUGACGCAAGCCUACAGUCUUUGGAAUCUUAAAGAUCUUUGGAAUCUUGACGACUACAAAGAGUGUGUCUUGCCUGGUUGUCGACAUGGGAAAGGAGCCCCGUGCCAUACAUUCAAGCAUAGUCUGUUACAGCUUUACGCCAAACGGUUAGCCAUAAGCUUGAGUAGUCAGUCACAGCCACUUCACAACAAACUCCGCAAUCAACUCCGCAUCAUCAGAUCAGAUAUUAGUUCAAAGUCGUCAGCGAGAACAUGCGUUAUACAUAUAGGCAGGAUCCUACUCAAGUUUCGCGGUGCUGGUUUUUCUUUCAACUAUCACUAUUCUACAACCAGACCCGUUAACAACACUCACUAUGGCAGCAAACACUUCUCAGCCGUCGACAAUGCGUGCCUGGACAUUCAACAGCGGCGGUACACCAGAGAAAGUCUUAUCAUUCAACCCAUCCUUCCCAGCACCCGCAGCCCCAAAGGGCUCGGAUGUUCUGAUCAAAAUAUCUCACGCUUCACUCUCUUCCCCAGGGUCAAAUCUGAUGAGAGACAUUCCGUCUCUCUUGAGGAAAAACGCAAUACCGGAACUCGACUUUUCUGGGCGCGUGGUCUCAACUGGCCCUGAUGUUCCAGUCGAAUUCGCUCCAGGCGCCGCUGUGUUUGAUACUGUUUCUAAAUCGGGCAGUAUCAUUCAUAAUCAGGGAACGCUGGCGGAGUAUAUUCUGUUGAAUGUUAAUUGCAUCGCUGUCAAGCCGACCAGUAUAACAUUCGCAGAAGCUGCUUGUCUAAGUUGCCUCGGACAAGUUGCAUUGGAAAUGGUUCGUCAGGCUAAAAUUAAAAGCGGCGAUCGAGUUCUCGUCAAUGGGGGUAGCGGUGCUGUAGGAUCAGCCGCUAUCCAGCUCUGUAAGGAUUUGGGUGCCUUUGUCGUGACAACUUGUUCGACCAAAAAUACCUAUCGGAUGAAGCAGUCUUUGGGAGUAGAUGAGAUUAUCGAUUACGCUCUAGUCAAGUCUAUACCUGCCGCCCUUGAGAACUCCUACAGCGCGAGCCAAUUUGAUGCAAUCCUGGAUACGGUAGGCUCUCGAGAGUUGUUUCUGCGAUGCCCAAAGUAUCUCAAGCCUGAAGGCGUGUUCAUCAACGUCGGCGACGGCAGCGAAGGUCGGCUUAGUCUAAUUCUACACACGCUCCAAAAUGUUUUGCAGCCUAGUAUCUUGGGUGGCGUGCCGAGGCGAUAUCUUACAUUCAGUGCGCCGUUAAAUGGGCCAAAUACCGCGUAUCUUGGAACCUUGGCUUCGAAGGGCAAGAUGAUGGUGUUCAUUGACUCAACAUUCUCGUUAGAAGACGCCCUUAGCGGAUACAAACGCUAUAAGAGCGGUCAAGCUCAAGGCAGAGUUGUCAUUGACAUAGCGAAUAUGGAUACACAAGAUCAGUAAAGCUGUAUGCUUUUUAGCACUUCUGGUUCAAGAUUCUCGUCGUAUUACUCCGCCCUAAAAAGCUAACGAGAAGAUGCCGUAUGACAG